GUACAUUUUUCAGUGUGCCGAGAAACGCUGAGAAGUUGACAUAUCUCGGUUACGAACGGAAUUGGACUUAUUUAUUUAUCAAAGCGAAGCGGGAAAAUGCGUGAGAGGAUGUGGGACGUUCUAAUAUGGGAAUGGUAGAGAGAGAGAGCAGCACGAACAAGGAAAACAGGGUUAGACGGGACACAUGACAAAAAUAAUAAUGAAUAAAGAAAUGCCGUUGAGCGUGGAAUGGAUGCCACAAAACGCGUACAUGCACAAUUCUUUGGAUCACUUGCUGCCGGGAGACAGAAAUCAGGACUUCUUGAUAAUAAAGCAGGAAGCGGAAUUUUUUCAAAGCACCCUGAGCUCGCAAUCUGCGCAAAACAAAGCGCAUCUGCAAGUCUUAUCUAAAGAGAAGGGCAAGGAGAUCAAGCAAGAGAACAGCUAUUCGGAUGUAUUGGUGACAGCCUGUCAAACGGACUCAUUAAAUCGGUCGCCCAAAAGAUUGACCGACGUUUCAGAGAAAUUAUAUAAUAAAGGUCGCAUUGACAUAAUAGAGAUGACAAUAGACCCGACAUUUAAUUAUAAAUAUUUUUUCGUUUAUGAAGAUCAUUCGUCCAAGUUUGUCGUACUAAAGGCUCUCCGCAGCGAUACAGCCAAAGAAGUCGCGGUGAAUCUGUUAGACGUAUUGGGGAUCAUAGGGGCACCACGAGUGCUGCAGAGCGGCAAUGGGCGUAAGUUUGCCGAACAAGUUGUACGUGAACUACGUUCGCUGUGGAAUGAUUUGUUCAUAUUGCACGGGGACGCAUCUAAGGGUGAAGUUAGCUACGGGGAUUUUAAGACCUCGCUCGAAUCCUGGAUGAGAAAAAAUCCAACUAGGACCUGGUGCGAAGGGCUGAACUUCGUACAGAUCGUUCAUAACUCGACGUAUCGCUGUCAGAACGGCAAGGUUCCAUACGACGUAUUGUUCAGGCAAAACGUACACGAGAAUUUUCAAGGUAUAGAAAAAGAUGUGGAGGGUCUGAGGACGGAAGAGGAAUGGCUCAAACAUUUGUCGAAUAAGAAGGACGGAGAUGGGGCUGCAAUGACGGGAGACACGCAGAAUACAUCAAACAGUAUUAAUCAGUACGAAGAAAACGAAAAUGUACGAGAUACACGGAAUCAAAACGCACUUUCGAAAGCCGACGAUGUAAAUAUGUUCAGUUACGUGAACGUGAAGAAUGAAUCUCUGGCGAAUAACGCGCGCGCGAUGGAUUCGAUGUCUACGGAUGAAACAGAAGACAAAGCGAAAAAUGAAUUGAAGGUCAACGAAGAUACUCAAUCCCUCAAAUGCAAGUACUGUCAAAAGCAGUACAUGAAGAUAGGGCAUUUGAAAAACCACAUGAGAACUCACAAAGCGAAGCAAGUUCUCCAUUGUAAGCUGUGCAAUAAAACAUUUAGCGUUCCGAGAUUGUACGCGAAGCAUAUGAAGCAAUCACACGGACAGGAUAAAUUAGCUGAUGAGGAAAGAGAGAUACCGGUUAGCAGAAAUACGAGAAACAAGGCCAAUGCGUUAACGGCUACACCUAACAAGGAAAGAUCUGUGAUUCGAACAACACACGAGACAUCCGAUCCCGGGAACAAAGAUUGUGAUUCGUCACUGGACACAAAAGAGUUUUCUGGCAAGGUCAGUAAGAGCUCAAACCAAACCGGCAGACGGAAGCUGCCUGCGGAGAGUCGCGUGUUGAAGGUACAAUCUUUACAAUGUACGUAUUGCAAACAAAAGUUCAGCUUCCCGAGCGUGCUGGAGAGACACAUGCGAUCGCACACGAACGAACGGCCGUACGUGUGCGAGGUGUGUAACAAGAGCUUUAAACAAUUAGGCCAUCUUAGUCAGCACUCACUGACCCAUCACGACUACCGUUCGUUCCAGUGCACGGUGUGCGACGUAAAGUUCGACUCGCUGGAUUCGCUGAAGCAACACGCGUCCUCGCACAAAGGCGGGACAACGACGACGACGACGACGACGUCGUCCAAGAUACGCGACGUUUAUCGCCUGUUCGAGUGCGACUGCUGCAAAAAAGUGUUCACGACGAAGAGCGUGCUGGAGCGGCACAUAUUCACGCACACGCAGGAACGCCAGUACGACUGCAAGGUAUGCGGCAAGCGGUUCAAGCAGGCCGGUCACGUCAAGUCGCAUAUGCUGGUGCACACGGGCGAGCGUCGCUUCCAGUGCACAGUCUGCUCGAAACGCUUCAGCUUGUCGAACUCGCUGAAGAAACACAUGUACGUGCACAACGGCGAGAAGCCGUAUCAGUGCGACGUGUGCGGCGCGCGUUUCCUCGAGAAGCGCAACCUCAACGGCCACUUGCUGACGCACACCAACGAGCGUCCGUACUGCUGCAAGAUCUGCGGCAAACGUUACACCUUGGCGGACACUCUGCGCCGUCACGUUAGCGCCGCGCACGAGGACGGUCGUACGUAUCAGUGCGAGAUAUGUGCCAAAAUGUUCAAGCAAUUGGCACAUCUGUCGGUGCACAAGAAGGUGCACAACGACGAACGACCGUUCCAGUGUCACCUGUGCGAGAAGAACUUCAAGCACAAGAACGUGCUCAAGUCGCAUCUGGCGAUCCACGCGAACGUACGGCCGUUCGAGUGCGACGUGUGCAAGGCAACGUUCGUCAGGAAGACGAACCUACAGACGCAUAUUUCGUCCGCGCACAUGAACGAGCGUCCGUAUUCCUGCACCAUCUGCGGCAAGCGCUUCAAGCAGAUCAGUCAUCUGAACGGCCACGUGGUCGUGCACAGCAAUCUGAUGCCCUACAAGUGCGACUACUGCGAGCGCCGGUGCAAUCGGCUUGACAAUCUGAAGAAGCAUAUGCGCCUCCAUAUGAAGAACAAGGAGUGAAAGAAAUAUGACUCUCUUGGCGAAUUAAUAUCUUGUCCGAGACACCCGAACGCAAUACUAGAGCUAACAAAAAAGUUACUAAUGUCCAUUUCUAUUAACGCAGGUUAAUUUUGAUCUUGGUUUAACUUACCUAUCAUCUUUUCCUAGUUCUAAAAGUUAGAAAAAGAUAGAAAGUAAGUUAAACCGAGAUUAGAAGUUAAUCUACAUUGGUAGAAAUGGGCAUAACUGUAGCAAUCAGCACGAAUGAUAUGAUCAUGCCAGAUUCUUUUAACGUAGAACUGAAUGUGUAUCUUUUGAAUGAACUUUUUCCUGUUGAAAAAAUUUCUCACAUUUUAGAUUUAUAAAAAAAAUCAGAGAAAAUCUUGAAAUUUUUAUAGAAAUUCUGAUAAUAACAUCUGAAACAUUUUUCCACCAGGGUUUGCAGAUACUAAUAUCAAAUAUGAAAUGAAUAUAAUUGUGUUCUAGUUCUAUGCAAGUUCCUGACAAAAACUUAUACAUAGUGAGAUCUGAGAUAAUUGGACGAUUGGAGUAACGAGGAGCAUCGCUGCAGAUAAAUCACAGAAUAUUGUACAUAGUAUUUUCCCUUUUAUUAGUUCGUUGCUUCCAAUUUGAUCCAGUUAUUACGAAAGAUAUUUAUAUUGUAACUUAUAUUUUAAUAUCGCUUUAAUUAUAUUUAUAUAAUUAUUAUCGCAAUUUUUUUAUGCAUCGUACAGUAUACCUAAGUACUUUAGUAACAUUUUUUAUGUGUAGUGUAUCGCGCGAUAUGCAAGUGUAAAACUGUAAAAUAGUUUCUCUUUUUCUGUACGAUUUACAGAAUACUGACAGUUCGAGCGACAUAAGCUUUUAAAUUUUAUACUUAUGUAGAUAUAAAAUAUCUUUGAUCAGAAAUUAAAACAUUGGCAUACUACAUACAAGUAUGUGGUACAUUGUAUGUACAUACAAUAUGUAUGCUACAUACAAGUGAAUUUUUACGAUAUAUAGACUGUUUUUUAUAUAUUGCAUGUACUUAAAAGCAGACAGACAAAUGUGUAUAACAGAAUCAUUAAUUGUAUAAGUCAUCUUUUUCUAAAUAAGUCAUAAAACUUAUCGUCCCAUCAUUGCGUUAAAGAGACAUUUGUGGAAAAGAAAGACUUUUAAACAAAUAGUAUUUUACCACAUAACAUAUAUGAAUACUCAUUGCUCAAUAAAUUACUUGAAAAUGUCGAAGCUUUGGUGUAUUGUCACUUGAUAUUCUAAAAAAGUAUAUUUAUAUAUAAAGAGAGAUUAUCUGCAUAUACUAAAAAAGAAAUGCCAAUGCGUUGCCACUACUGUAGAUUCAUAUUAGCUAUUCAAUGAAUUGCCAAUAUAAGAUAUUGCAAUAUAUUACAUUUUA